AUGAUGUUCCCAAGUCUCAUAGCUCCUCCGGCUGUGUACCCGAAUCUCCUGCGGCCAACUCCUACUUUAACUUUGCCUCAGUCUCUUCAGUCAGCCUUUUCUAGCCAUUCUAGCUUCUUGGUGGAAGAUUUGAUCAGGAUCAGCAGGCCUGCCAGUUACCUGCCUCGGAACGGCCCUCCGCCUAGCAUGUCCCCUCCAGCCUCCGGGACCAGCACAGCCAGGACAGACACUGUGACAUCAGAGCUCGUCAGCUGCAACACCUCUAGCGCUAGGAGGGUCUGUUCCCCGCAGACUUCAGUCUCAUCCAAUAACGAUUCCACUUUCCUGAAGUUUGGGGUCAACGCCAUCCUCUCGUCCACUCCUAGAGCUGAAACCUCCCCUGCGUUGCUUCCGAGUGUCCCUCCAAAGACAUUCUCCUUUCCAUACUUUGAAGGAUCCUUCCAGCCUUUUAUCAGAUCUUCUUAUUUCCCAGCGUCCUCCUCUGUGGUGCCGAUCCCCGGCACUUUCUCUUGGCCCCUGGCUGCUAGAGGGAAGCCCCGCAGAGGGAUGCUUCGCAGGGCAGUCUUCUCGGACGUGCAACGCAAAGCUCUGGAGAAAAUGUUUCAGAAGCAGAAGUACAUCAGCAAACCAGACAGGAAAAAGCUGGCAGCCAAACUGGGGCUCAAAGACUCGCAGGUGAAGAUCUGGUUCCAGAACAGAAGGAUGAAGUGGAGGAACUCCAAAGAGAGAGAGCUUCUCUCCUCCGGGGGCUGCAGAGAACAAACCUUACCCACCAAGUUCAACCCUCACCCAGACCUCAGCGACGUAGGCAAGAAAUGUUCAGAGGAGGAGGAGGAAGAGGAGGAAGUGUCCCCUCUGUGCCCAGCCAGCCCUCGGCACACCCUGACCUACCACCAGUCUCCAGAGCACCUGCACUUGAGGGACAGACUGGACUCCCAGAUGCCCCCCUCUCCAUCCCACUCCAGCAGCCCCAGCAAACCUUCAGACUUCUCAGACUCGGAGGAAGAGGAUGAUGAGGGGGAAGAGGAAGAGGAGGAGAUCACAGUCUCUUAGAUCUCCUGCCUGCCCCCACCA